AUGUCUGCACCAGUGAUGCCACCAAUGGUGGGGCCACCUGCUGCUGCUGCUGCUUUGCCUGGUCAAAUUACCAACCUCCCAAGGCCUCCACCAAUGGGUGCUCCAUCAGCAGUUCCAGGGACCACUAUGACUCCUGCUAGUGUUUCCACCUCAAUGGUUACCCCAGCUAUGUAUCAGGCGGCUAAUUCAGCGCCACCUACAAGUGGAGGUUAUAUGUCUGCACUAGUGAUGCCACCAAUGGUGGGGCCACCUGUUGCUGCUGCUGCUUUGCCUGGUCAAAUUACCAACCUCCCAAGGCCUCCACCAAUGGGUGCUCCAUCAGCAGUUCCAGGGACCACUAUGACUCCUGCUAGUGUUUCCACCUCAAUGGUUACCCCGGCUAUGUAUCAGGCGGCUAAUUCAGCGACACCUACAAGUGGAGGUUUUGAUAGUUUCAACAUGAGUGCUCAAGCUCCAGAGGCUGAUCAUUAG